AGUUCGAUACCGAUUGCCAGCUAGAGAUGUGCACUGGUCAGGUGGACUAUCAAGAAGAAGAAGAAGAAAAAAGGCGAAAAAUUGUAGAGAAAAAUAAAUACAUGUCUACUACCGCCAAGGUGUUCGUCGGCAGCCUGCCGCGCUGCAAGCCGGACGAACUGCGUCGCCUGUUCAGUAACUACGGCAAUGUCUGCGAAUGCGAUGUGAUGAACCGCUGCGCCUUCGUCCAUUUGGAGACCACGGACAUGGCGGAUGCGGCCAUAGCCGCCCUCAACGGCACCGUCUUCAAGGGCCAGCCCAUCGUGGUGGAGGCGGGCAGGCCAAAGUACCCGGGACCGAGAAAUGCGAGUUCCGGUGACAAUCCCGGUCGCAGGCAGUCAGAGAGUCAAGGUGGCAGCUCGGAAUCGGGCAAUCAAUUCAAGAGGAAUUUCCGGGAGGAAACAGGAGGCGGCGGCGGCGGCAGAUAUUCCAAUGCCUCGGGAAACAAAUUUGGACCCGUGCGGAACGAGUCCAACUACAGACAACAGCGCAGUGCUCCCUACUCCAAGGGAGGAGCACCACCACCACCGCCAGCAGCAGCAACACACAACAAUGAAUCUUCCAAUCAGGGCCAGGGAUUUAGAAACAAAUUUGCAGGCCGCGGCAACAACGAGGGGAGCGCAGGAGGAGGUCGCUUUGGCGGCAAUAGGUUUCAGCAGCGGGACAACAAUGGAUCUCAGGCUGGGCGGAGGAACUUUAAGAACAGUCCAACCAGUAACUAUCAAGGAGGCGGUGGCGGUAGUAAUAAUGACUUCCAUGGGGGCAGCUCCGGAGCAGGAGGAGGAUCCCUGAAUCAGCGGGGCGGCGGAGGAGCUGGAACCAACCAUGUGCGACAGGAUCGCCGAGGCUUUGCGCUGCCCGUGGAGCAUCAGCAGCAGCAGAUGGGCUUUGGGCGCUUUGGCAAUGGGUAAGUUGUAUAUUAGACUGUCUUUUAUAUUACUUACAACUUUGUUUUGUUACCAAACAGGGGCAAUCCACCAGGAGGACGUGGGUUCUUCAAUGGGGGAGGAGGAGGAGGCGGAGGCGGAGGCUUUAGACGCGGCAGCAGCCACGAAUCCAAUAGCCAACAAGGUGGCCCCAACAAACGCGGUGGAAAAAAUCACAAUCAGAAUGGCAUGAAUGCAUAUCACUCGGAGUUCCCGCCUUUGGGCAGCGGAGGCGGAGCGCCAGGCCAAAGAAACCGCUUCAGCGGACCUAGACCCGGACCAAAUAUGGGCGGUAAUAGAAGAUUUUAAGCAAGUGCAACGCCACAACGAUGUUUGCCAGUCCUCCGUGUACUCCAAUUUCAUAAAUGUAAUAGCCGAAUUUUGUUUUCCAUUGUUUCGCGCGCAGAAUCUUUUAGUUUAGCCGACUAUUCUUUUAAUUUGUCCUAUAGCCGUGUACUCUUAAGAACCAACAUCAACAGUAUAUUUGUUAUUCGUAGUUAAGAUUGUUUCGAUAUUUAUGCAAUACUUAAAUAAUCAUAUUACUUGUGUGCAACUAAAUACGAGAUACGAGUCAAUCAAUACAAUCAUAAAUACCAA